ACAUCCUUUGACCGGGUGCCGCUGUGUUGCAGCUACGCUGACCGCUGGGAAUGAUCGGCCAUGGGCCGCAGUGAGUCACCAGUAGACGCGACCGCGGGCCGGGCAGCGGGCAGCCGUGAGUCGCCGGCUCGGGACCGGGGUCACGGGGUGAAGCGGAGGCACGGCACGUCGGCUGAGGACGGGUGUAGGCACAAGAAACGGAGCCGCUCCUCCAAGAGGAAGAAGGAGAAAGAGAGGAGAAGGAAGAAGAAAUCCAAGAAGGAGAAGAAGCGGAGAAAGGUGGAGAGUGAGGAGGCUCAGCGGCGGCGACGGGAGACCCCUCUGAGUGAGGUGGUGGCCGGACCCCCAGAGGAGCUGAGGGAGCGGCCAGAGGAAUCGGGGACAGAUGAGCAGAGGGCCCGGAUCCAGGCCAUGCGGCCCAUGACCAAGGAGGAGUGGGACGCCAGGCAGAGCAUCAUUCGUCGGGUGGUGGAUCCAGAGACGGGCAGAGAGAGGCUCAUUAAAGGCGACGGGGAAAUUCUGGAAGAAAUUGUGACCAAAGACAGAAACAAAGAAAUAAAUAAGCACAAGACGAUGGGGGAUGGAUUCACUUUCCAGGUGAGAAUGGGCCUGCACAAAGGUGACAGGAGAUGAAAUCCUGUGGCAUUAUCGGAGGUUUCAAAUCAACAUGGGCUGAGUAUUGGAAUGUUAUUUGAGACUGGCGCGUCAUUAGUUUGCAAUAAAUUGUACAGCAGUU